AUGAGCUCGAGCCACGAUUAUCAGUAUGACCUCGGGUCAUACCACCGCAAAGUCUCGACGAAAAAUGCCAAAGCGCAACUUUGGUUCGACCGAGGUCUCACAUGGUGCUACGCAUUUCAUCAUGAAGAGUCAGCUCGGUGCUUCGAGCGAGCGAUCAGCGAUGACCCGGCCUGCGCAAUGGCAUACUGGGGUCUUGCCUUUGCUCUUGGGCCGAAUUACAACAAGCCGUGGGACCUCUUUGAUGAGAAUGAACUGGUGUCGACAAUAGACAAGAUCAAUGACGCGAAUGCAAAGGCCCGACAACAUGCUUCGGAAGCAUCGGAAGUCGAGAAAGCACUCAUUGAUGCUGUUCAAUUACGUGUACCCAACGGGCUUGAUGAGAAGGCCUUCAAAACAUGCAACGAAGCUUAUGCCUUGGCCAUGGAAUCUGUGUACGCAAUGUUUCCCGAUGAUCUGGACAUCGUCUCAUUGUACGCGGACUCCAUCAUGAACCUCUCAGCAUGGGAUCUCUGGGAUCUGAAAACUGAUGGUGUUCACAAGCACCCGGGAGUUCUGCAUCUGUACAUCCAUUUGAUGGAGAUGUCGAAGACGCCGGAAGUUGCACUCGUCGCAGCAGAUCAUCUACGUACAUUGAUACCUGAUGCUGGUCAUCUAGUGCACAUGCCAUCGCAUCUUGACAUUCUUGUGGGCGACUACAGACGGGCUAUUGCCUCGAAUGCAGAUGCAUGUCUAGCUGACGAGAAGUAUCUUGCCGAACACGGCGGUGACAACUUCUACUCGUUCUAUCGCAUGCACGACUACCACUCCCUCAUCUACGCCGCAAUGUUUGCUGGUCAGUCCCAGGUUGCACUAGAGGCAGUCGAUCGUAUGGAGAAGUCACUACCAGAUUCAUUGCUGCGAAUCCAAAGUCCGCCCAUGGCAGACUGGCUCGAGAACUUUGCAUCAGUACGGAUCCACGUCCUAGUGCGUUUCGGGCGCUGGGAGGAGCUCAUUGCGCUCGAUAUGCCCAAUGACAGACAUCUGUACUGUGUUACAUCUGCGAUGUUCCACUACGGUAAAGGCGUCGCAUACGCUGCGACUGGCGACAUUUCGCACGCAGAGGAACACCGUGCUGCACUUGCCGAAGCUAUCGAACGUAUUCCAUCCUCUCGGAUUUGCGGAGACUUUCCAAACCGCUCCAACGUCGUGCUAAAAGUUGGGGUUGCAAUGCUAGACGGUGAACUUGAGUACCGUAAAGGAAAUUUCGAUAGUGCAUUCAAGCACCUGGAGACUGCUAUUGAACGCGACGAUGCGCUAACGUAUGCGGAGCCGUGGCCAUGGAUGAUGCCAACACGACAUGCAUAUGCUGCGUUGUUGAUGGAGCAAGGACGAGUCGAAAAUGCAGCUGCAGCCCACCGAGCGGAUCUGGGGUUUGACGAUACUUUGCCAAGGGCUAGACAGCAUCCGAACAAUAUCUGGGCGCUGCACGGAUAUCACGAGUGCUUGCUCAAGCUGGGCAAGAUGGACGAAGCGGGGAUCGUCGGUCAGCAACUGAGGAUAGCAAAGGCAGUCGCAGACGUUGAGGUGAAGUCUAGCUGUUAUUGUCGAGGCGCUGGGGAACAAUGA